AUGGAGGGACUUGGUGCAUGGACGCAGCUCAACUGGAUACGCAAAGGAAGAAGGAGAAGCCAUCUUGAAGACCAGCUCGACCACUACUCGACCAACCGGUCGAGUUCCUCAACUCGACCGGCCAAGCUUCAACUCGAUCGAGCUGAGAAGUCAAAGUCAAACCCGAAAAAUUCAUCAAGGGUGAGAACAUUGACUUUCGCCCCCUUUUACACGUUAGUUGGGCAUGAGGAUGAUUUGCGAGAAGAGGAGCCUGAACUCGAUCGAGCUGAGGAUCGAGCUGAGGCUCGAGCUGAGGACGAGCCCAAGUGGAUGAGGAUUUGGACGAGUGAUAUUACUUUGAGGAGUAUGAAGGCUCCAAGGAUGAACCCCUCUGUUGUGGCUGUCACAAGAGGAUUGGACUUCUCCAAAAGUUCAACAAGUGGCAAGGGAAAGCCAUUGAGAAAAUGCAAAAGUCCAUGGACAAGAUGGAGUAGAUCCCUCCUCACCACUCCAAGGAGACUCCCUGCCCAAGAGCCUCACAGGGCCUCAUCAUUUGAGCCAAGGGAAGAAGGAGACAACACGCAGAGGAAUAGGAAGAGUUCCAAGCCCGACGCUCCAACUCGACCACCGGACUCGAUCGAGUCCAAACAGAGGAAACUCAACUCGAUCGAGCUGAUGGUCGAGUUGACCUGGAGGAGCCAGUUUCGAGAACCCUGGAUUUGA